AAAAAAGUGAAUAGCCAAUAAUAAAAUCUUGCUUUAAACUGUUUUUUUCCACUCUCUUCAACUUCUUCAACUUCUCCAUCGACCAGAUUACAAGUAUGCAAUCUCAGAGCAAAAAUGGCGACCCAGCCAAUUUUUCCCGCACUUUUAAGUAUCUUCUAGCAACUCAGGUCUUGUCAAGGGGCAUACCUUUUAUCUUUAAUACCUGGAUCAUCAGACAUCUAUCUGUUGACGAUUAUGCUAUUUAUGCGGUGCAAUUUCAUCUGUUUGUUACUUGCAUACUCUUUCUCAGUCGAGAAGGGUUCAGGCGAGCAUGUAUGCGAGCUGAAAUUAAGAGUGAUGACACUUCAAUAGAGGAAUAUGCGGCAAAGAUUUUGAAAGUAGCUUGGCUGUCUCUUCCACUUGGAAUAAUUAUUACAGUGAUAGCAUGUGCAGUCAUCUUCUGGUGGCAAGAAUUGAGCUAUUCUAGCCCUUAUGGGCAGGCUAUAUUAUUGAAUGGAUUUGCGUGCUUGUUGGAGCUUCUGGCAGAGCCGUUUUAUAUUCUUGCUCAGUAUUUAUUCUGUCUCAAACUGCGCAUGUUUGUCGAAAGUGCAGCAACACUAUCUCGUUGUGUAACAACAUACGCCCUUAUUGUUGGGAAAAGUGACAUGGAAAAGGCAAUUAUGUUUGCUUUAUCACAAGUUUCAUAUGGAGGUUGCGUGUUCCUAGGUUACUGGGGAUACUUUGUCUUAUAUCAAAAAUUGCGAGGUUCAAAGAUUUUUCCUUAUAGAGUGGGUGACAUGAUGAGCUAUGAUAAGCCACUGUUCAAGAUGUGUACAUUGUUUACUCUACAGUCAUUCCGUAAAUUGAUUCUUCAAGAAGGAGAAAAAAUGGUACUUGUGUGGUUCGACACGCCAUAUAACCAAGCUGUAUAUGGACUAAUAGAUAAAUUAGGUAGCUUAGUGGUGAGAAUGGUAUUUCUUCCUUUCGAAGAGAGUUCAUAUGCCACAUUUGCAAGGUCUGCUUCAGAAGAGUCUAGAGAUAGAAGGAAAAAUCUUGGCCGCCGCCUCACAGAAGCCCUAAAACUUGUAUUGUUGAUUGGUUUUAUUUUUAUGGCUUUUGGACCAAGCUUUUCUUAUUCUCUCGUUAGAUUGCUGUAUGGCCAAAAAUGGAGUGAUGGAGAAGCUUCAACUGCUCUCAGAUACUACUGCUUGUACAUUAUGGUUCUGGCAAUGAAUGGAACAUCAGAAGCUUUUCUGCAUGCUGUUGCUGAUGAGAGCCAACUAAAGCGCUCUAAUGAUUCUUUGCUUGUGUUCUCGCUGAUCUAUGUUUUGCUGAAUGUCUUGUUAGUAAGAUCAGCUGGUGCUAUUGGUUUGAUCUUUGCAAACUCUACAAAUAUGGCACUCAGGAUAGCAUAUUCUGCCGUAUUUAUCAAGCAAUACUUCCAGGGAUCCUCAUCGUUUUCAUUUCGUAGCUGUUUGCCGUCUGGUUGGCUAGUGCUGCUAUCUUGUGGAGCAGUUACCCUUUUAUCUGAGAAAAUUUUUCUGAACAGAGAUAAUUUCCUGACUACAUUUUUGCUCCACUUUUCUGUUGGGUUCACUUGUUUCUGUGCUUCAGCUUUUGUCAUUUAUUGUCGCGAGCGAGACUUUAUCAACAAAUUGAUCCACAUUCGCCGUCAUGCUGACUAAUCAUACCAACCAUUUUUCCAGUCCUGAUUAGAGGGUUUUUGGAUGGGUUUCAAGAGCAAUAGAAUGCACCUUUUGAGUGUUUCCAACAAUAGCAAUUGCUGACUGGUAUUUGCGCUAUUGCAGUUGAGGCUUUACUGAUCUAUUAAGCGGCUUUCUAUAUCUCUCCCUAUGAUCGAUCUUCCGAAAUUUGGAGUGGCAUUAGGUAGCUGUCAACUAAGUGUAACAAUCUGUUUAGUCUUUUUGUUUCCCCAUUAAGCACCGUUGGUGGAAUUUUCGUGUCGCUGUUCAGCUUUGAUUAUUUGUUCGAAGAGAAGCUCAUGAGGUAAGGAAAAUGGGUCUUGUUUGCUAAAUAUCCAAAUUCUGACAUGAAAAUGAGGGUGGAAAGAUUGGAAGCAAUGUUUGUUGUGGAAUCCACUUGGUUAAUCUGUCACCCUUUUUGGUGCAAAGUGCAAGCUGCAACUGUGCAAUUAUCUUCUGUGAUUACCCUGCUACUCACAUUUGAGAAGCAAUUGGAUUUUCUUGGAAUGAACAUAUGUGUGUACACGGGUAACACACAACUGCCUUCUUUUUUGGUAACUUUGCAUAUAUCUAAAACUUAUCCAAAUCCUUGUAUGAUUUAUCUAGAAGGGUAUGUUGUUGGUUUCCUAUUAAACCAUACAAAUCUACCAACUUUUUUUAUGUCACAUGAUGUUGGUUUUUACAA